AUGGCGAGCUCAUCAACUGAUACGCCUGCCUUUCCUUCCAUAGCAAAUGGAACUCGGAAUCAUCACAUGGUAAUGGUUUCUGCUCCAUUCAAUGGGAUUAAUUGGCUAUCCUGGAGUAGGUCUACAAGGAUAGCUUUAGAAAGCAAAGAUAAGUUGGCAUUUAUCGACGGCAUAGGACUACAGCCUACGACUGGGACUCCUCAGCACAGACAGUGGAGGAUUACAGACUGUAUGGUACGGACAUGGAUUUUGAACACCAUCUCCAAGGACUUGGUAAACGCGUACCUGUAUGCAAGUUCUUCUAGAAAUAUUUGGUUGGAUCUUGAAGCUAGGUACGGUGAGUGUGACGGAACUCUGCUGUACAAGCUGCAACGCGAAAUUAGUUCUAUCUGCAAGCUAUGUGUUCAUGUGGCCUUUGCAUUUGCGAAUGCAACAAAAACCAAGGCGGAACAAAACGAUGCGAACCAACUAAUACAGUUUUUGAUGGGUUUGAAUGACUCCUAUGAUAACAUUCGUAGUCAGACUUUGGUUCUAGAACCUCUUCCCCUCGUCAACAAAGCAUAUUACAUGGUGCUACGGGUUGAGAGACAAAGGAUGGUGAACUCAGAAUACUCUGAUAUAGGGGAAGUAUAA